AUGGCGCCCAAUACCCAGGAUGCGCUUAGCUACCUGGACCAGGUUAAGGUACGAUUUGUCGAGCAACCUGACGUCUAUAAUCGGUUCCUUGAUAUCAUGAAGGAUUUUAAAAGUCAAGCUAUUGACACGCCUGGAGUUAUUCAACGCGUGUCAACGCUCUUUAAUGGUCAUCCUAGUCUCAUUCAAGGAUUCAAUACCUUUCUCCCACCUGGAUAUAGGAUUGAGUGUGGACCAGACGACAAUCCGGAUGCGAUUCGGGUUACAACCCCGUCUGGUACGAACACGAUUUCAAUGUCAGCAACGCGUCCUUCUUUGGAAAGUGCGAAUGAGCCAGGGCAAAGCGGCGGUUUGGUUCCCUCUGGCCACACCGAGUAUUACGAGCAAUCACGUCCAGGUUGGCAGGCGGGUCACGGGCAGCAGCAGCCUGCACAGGGCCCAAUGCCUAGUGCCGUUCGUUCUUAUUCACCAAGUGGCAGAAUCGUCCCUCAGCCGCAGUAUGGUCCGCAAAACGCACAAGGGCAGCAUCAAGAAGGGUCUUACGAGUAUCAGAACCAGCACGAACAGCCAACUCCCGCAACGACUGCUGCCAUGCUCCAUCAACAGGAACAGCGGGGAGUGUCCCAACUACAGAAUGCAGUUUCCGUCGCGACCGGAGGAGCGGGAAGAUCUGUAUUGCAGCUGCCUCCAACGAGUAGCCAAACCCCUGGCCCUAACCAGCCUGCGAACUCUUUGGCCGGACUGGGCUCUGGCGGUCUUCCAGGAGGUCAAAGUGAAGCUACUCGACGUGGCCCUGUCGAGUUCAACCAUGCAAUCAGCUACGUUAACAAGAUCAAAAAUCGCUUUGCUGACUCUCCGGAAAUCUACAAACAAUUCCUUGAAAUCUUACAAACAUACCAAAGAGAAUCUAAACCGAUCCAAGAUGUAUACGCGCAAGUUACCGUUCUUUUCAAUUCUGCCCCGGAUCUCCUUGAAGAUUUCAAGCAGUUUCUCCCUGAAUCAGCCGCUCAAGCGAAGGUGCAAGGACCAGUGCGCCAAGAUGAAGUUCCCAUUGCUAUGAGCAAUGUUCGUGGAGAACCUGGCUAUGGCGCCGCUGGGCUCCAAGGCCAAUCAUCUCGAGACAAUGUCAAGAUGCCCCCUUUGGGACAGUUUAAUGUGAAGGACUCUGCAAAGGAGAGCAAAAAGCGACGUGGUGGACCCGGUGCUCAAGCUGGCGGUGCUGCUAUGGGUGGUGCUGGCCCGCUUGACGCUUCAUCUGUCGGGGGAGGAAAUAAAGCCCAAGCUUCGCAAAUUGGAAAUGUCAACAAGGUACGCCGAUUUGCUUAA